AUGAAUCAAUCCGACCAUCAAGAUAAUCUGCCUUCACCAACACAACAUCAAUGGGCAAUACCAAAUUCUCAUGAUAGUGAAUUCAACAAUGACGAAAACGAAAAAACUAAAACCGAGUCACGACGAAGAUAUGGUAUCGGUAGAAACGUCUCCUUGGAAAGUUUUCCAUGUGCCGCAAAUGAUAACGAUGAAGCCACGCAUCUGAUUCAAAACGGCGAUUUGUCUAUUGACCACACAUUCAAAAGUGCCCCUGCAUUUCCUUUUUCUGUUGUCAAAGUGUGGAUUUACGCCACGUUGACCAUUGCUAUCUAUAUUGUUGGAAUGAUGACGCUAGGACCACUGACUUCUCAAUAUUUAGUUCUUUAUUUUUCUCAGGAACACAACAAUUCGACAACAAAUUCCUCCAGAAGUAGAGGCACAUGUAGUAAUUCUACAGACAGCGAGGAUGCCUUCAUGAACAUGGCUCAGAAAAAAGCGUCCAGUACAAUGCUCUACUCAAGCCUCGCUUCAAACAUUCCCGCCUUUUUUAUUUGUCUCUUUGCCGGUUCUAUCUCAGAUUUUGUUGGCAGAAAACCUUUGCUGAUCGUCUCCUUAUUGGGGAUCUUAAUCAAGACUGUUUUACUAAGUUUAAUCAUCAAAUACCAACUAAAUGUUGCGUUAGUGUAUGUUGGGUCAGCGGUUGAUGGAAUUGUUGGAUCCUACUACGUUGUUGUCCUGGCAGUGACAGCAAUCAUCACCGAUAUUACGGUUGAUUCCAACAACAAGGCGGGUCGGUAUCUUCUUCUUGAAGGAAUCAUAUUAGUUUUUGGAUCUUUGUCUCAGUUGGCGGUCGGUUACUUGAUUCAAGCAGCCGGAUUCUUCAUUCCUGUUGUAAUAUGCAAUUGUUUGUUGUUGAUUCCUCUUCUGGUGACGAUAUUUCUGUUACCAGAGACGCUGCCAUGUAAGCAGAAGAUUUCAUGGGAUGUAAGAAUGCAUCUUAAAAAGACAUUUGGGUUCUACUUUUCGAGCAUUAACGGAAAAUCCCUGAGACUUCAGUUCAUUAUGGGUCUGACUGCACACUUCACAGUAAUGUUCGCGAAUAUAGGCAAGUCCUACAUAGAGACCUUAUUUGUACUCAAUAAACCUAUAUGCUGGAGUUCUGCGGCUAUUGGAGUUUUUGGUGCAGUCAGGAUGGUGAUCACGGCAGUUGCUGCUGUGAUUACACUAAAGUUGUGUAAAAACCGUCUCUCCCUGGAGAUGACCGCUGUUAUCUGUGGCAUUAGCAGCACUGCUGGAUUUAUACUGGAGGGAUUCGCAGACUCUACUUUGAUGAUGUACUUGGCAUCAGCGGUGGGAAUUCUAUUCACUGCCACAUUUCCUCUACCUCGGGCGCUGCUGUCCCAGAUUGCACCUCCAGGUGUACAAGGUGCUCUCUUCUCAAGUAUGUCGUGUACAGAGGCAAUUGCCAGUCUGGCAUCUUCUACGCUGUAUUUACUCAUCUACAAUGCUACUGUAGACACAUUUAAAGGUGCUGCUUUCAUGGCUGUUGCAGCAAUGUGUCUGCUCAACACUAUAUCGCUCGGAGUGUUUAGACUUCUCAGACCAUCACAAAAGGAUUACGAAUAUCUUGUUGAAGAUCCAGUGAAUGCAACGACACGUUCUCCUACCACAGACCUAGGGUCUGAAGAUUAUGGGAAUUUUGCUGACGACACAAAGAAGGGUGUACAGUCCUCCCCUAUCCUAACAUAG